GGGGCCUACACCGUGAAAGGGGGCGACAUGCGGCCAGACGGCUGCCGGCGAGCUACGCUGUGGUUGAGUCGCGCCAUGAGCGUGCUCACUUUGGAACCCCGGCCCGCGGGGAAGCGGUGGCUGGUGGCCGGUCUGGGGAACCCUGGACUGCCCGGCACGCGGCACAGCGUGGGCUUGGCGGUGCUGGGGCACCUGGCGCGGCGUCUGGGUGUGGCGGACACCUGGGCGCGCGACCGGCGCUGCGCGGCCGACCUCGCCGUGGCCUCGCUCGAGGAUGCCCAGCUGGUCCUGCUUCGGCCCCGGCGGCUCAUGAACGCCAGCGGGCGCAGCGUGGCCCGGGCCGCGGAGCUGUUUGGGCUGACUGCUGAGGAGGUCUACCUGGUGCAUGAUGAGCUGGACAAGCCCCUGGGGAAAGUGGCUCUGAAGCUGGGGGGAAGCGCCAGGGGCCACAACGGAGUCCGUUCCUGCAUUAGCUGUCUCAACUCCCAUGCAAUGCCGAGGCUGCGGAUAGGCAUCGGGCGCCCCGCCCACCCUGAUACAGUGCAGGCCCAUGUGCUGGGCUCUUUCUCCGCCGCUGAGCAGGAACUGCUGCCUCUGUUGCUGGAGCGAGCCACCGACAUGCUCCUGGACCACAUCCGGGAACGAAGCCAGCGGCCCUCGUUAGGCCCUGACCUCAGUGAAUUCCUGCCUCCCUAACCACCAUGCCCACACAUCAGCCAGGUUCACAGAGGUGCCGUGCCAACCUGUGGUAUCCGCUUUUUAUAGACCUCUUCUCUGGGCUGCCCCAGGCCACCUAUAGAUUAAAGAGAGGGCACUAUGGCCACAAUGGUCCACUUCUGGGAUGGGGAUUGGUCUUCUCUCUGUGUUUUACUUGGAAAGUAGAGAAACUCCAGGAAGACUAAACUUUUUGAACCUUUU